GGGCACCCUAAUGUCUGCCAGGCUUCUAGGGUGGAACAUCUGUGGUCGAGCAUCAGGGCCAACCCAGGAGGCAGGGAAGAGACAGCGGAUGGCAGAUUAUUUUGGUCCCUGUGUUUAAGGACUUUUUAUAGCCUUGCUCCUCUGGGCUGGGAAGAGGAGAAGGGGAUGGGAGGAUAACCAUGAGGUCAGACAAGCACAGUGCCCUCCUGGGACCUUGGAAUCUGACCCAUUGCCUGGUGUUAUUUCUUGAGAGCUGGGAGGGAGGACACUUCCAGGCUCUCCUUGCUGCCUGAGUUCCCAGCCACCAACUACCUAUGGACUGACUUACUAAACACUAGAUAGGUGUGUGUGUGUGUGUGUGUGUGUGUGUGUGUGUGUGUGUGUGUGACAGAGAGAGACAGAGAGACAGAGAGACAGAGACAGAGGCAGAGAGACACAGAGAGAGACAGAGACAGAGCCAGUAAAGCUGAACUGGCUAUGCUGGGCUGGGGGGUUUGGCAGGGUCUCUGUUCCAAGGCCUCUGGGGGCGGGGACCCUCCCUCUAUCCCUGGCAAGUUCUGUUCUUUUGUUGCCUCUAGACUGGAGGUCAGGUCCCCUCAGCCCCCAGAACUUAUGUCUCCCUUUCAACUGAAUGGAGGAUUCAGGGAGCAGGGGUGGCAUGGGGUUUGCUGAGCCAUGUGGGUGGCCCCCUCUGUUACUGCCAGCGGAACUGUCAGCUCUUGAUUUACAACCGCUCCAGGUCCUCUUCCCCAGUGGCCGAGGGGAGGUGGCGGACAAGGGUCACAGGGUCUCAGGAUGAGAAGAGGGCCGGGACCCCGAGGGCAGAUUUCCGGGAAUGCUGGCCGGUUAUGGGGAAGAAUUUGUGGAGGGAACUUUUGAGUGAGGCAAAGGGCCCACAUCUCAUGGAAACUGCUUGGUUUUAUAGCAGCAGGAAUAGAAGCAAAACACAAGAGGGAAGUUCUGAUAGGCAAGGAGAGGCGCCAGCUGGACUAGUUCUGCAGUGCGAGGUUAGAGACCCGUCUCCUAACUCUCAGUAAGACCUGAUUAAGCCCCUUGCUCUCUAUCAGUUUCCUUCUCCGUGAAAUGGAAACGCAGAGGUGAUGUUUACAGUUGGGCACUGGGGAAUUUCCUUGGCAGAGGUACAGAGGUGGCAGGUAGCUGGCUGAUCUGACCUCGUGACCAGCUCUCUCUCCUUCCCCAUGGCCCUGCUGGGACUGGGCAGGGCAGUUGGCUGCAAUUACUGGAGGUUCCUACCCUGUAGUUAUAUCCCUGACCCCCAGUGCUUCAGGGAGGGAAGGGUGGGCCCUGCCAGAGCCAGCCUGUGGCUGGGGAGCCUUCUUGUCUAGGAUUCAAAGUUGCUGGGUUGGGAAGAGGUACCAGGGAGUCCCGACCAAUUGCUCUUGGCUCCUCAACUGGCUUCCUCCCUCCAGUGGCUUAUGGGGUACUAUCCUGCCCAGCUCCGCUAAGAUGAUCCUGGCCUCUCCCUCCACCCCGUCCAGGGGACGGACCCCCAGCGCCGUGGAGAGGUUGGAGGCCGACAAAGCCAAGUAUGUCAAGACACACCAAGUGAUAGCACGACGUCAGGAGCCAGCCCUGCGUGGGGGUCCCGGACCGCUCUCCCCGCACCCCUACAAUGAGUUGGGACCCCCUGGAUCGCCCAGGACGCCCAGGCCCGCCCGCCGGAGCAGCGGCAGGCGGCUGCCAAGGCCUGACUCCCUCAUCUUCUACCGCCAGAAGCGGGACUGCAAGGCUUCGGUGAACAAAGAGAACGCCAAGGGCCAGGGGCUGGUGCGGCGCCUCUUCCUGGGGGCCCCCCGCGACGCCACCUCGAGCAGUCCCGGCCCAACCGAGCGACCAGCGGCUCCUGGGGCUUGGGCCGCUCCCCAAGAUGCCCCGGAAGCGUCAGGAAAGCGGGCGCUGUGCCCCACAUGCUCACUGCCCUUGUCGGAGAAGGAGCGCUUCUUCAACUACUGCGGCCUGGAGCGCGCGCUGGUGGAGGUGCUGGGCGCUGAGCGCUUCUCUCCGCAGAGCUGGGGCGCCGACGCCAGCCCCCAGCCCGGGGCGCCGCCGCCGCCCGGCUCCGGGGACACCAGCGACUGGACGUCCAGCGACACGGAUCGUCCGGACGGUGCUGGCGGCGGCGGGGGCGGCGGCGGCGGCGGCUCGGAGGCCGCGGGCUCGGCGCGGGACGGGCGCCCCCCGGUGUCCGUGGUGGAGCGCAACGCGCGCGUCAUCCAGUGGCUGUACGGCUGCCAGCGCGCCCGCGACCCGCCGCGCGAGUCCGAGGUGUGAUUGCGGCCGCUCGGGAGCGGGCUUCCGGGAAGUCCGGGGUCCGGGCAGGGUUAAGGGGUGGGCGCGGGGCUGGACCCGGGCACCGGAAGGGACGCCCUGCCUCUGACGCGCCGGGUGCCGUGGGGCGAGACCUUCCCUCUGGAUCUGGGCUUCCCCUUGUGAACCUUGGGAGGCUGGGACAAAAUGAUUCCCAAAGGCCCUUCCCAGCGCAGACGGCGGAGGGGGAGGGGGCAGCUAUGUGGCCCCUGUGGAGGCCGGGUCUGGGGAGAGAGGUCUGGGGUGGGAGAUCAGAGAAUCUGCUGAAUAAAGCCACAAUGUUAUUUAAAGGAGUCGUGAUGUUGGAUUAGAGAGUCCAUAUUGAGGAAAGAGGCGGGGCGGACUUGCGUGGUUAGGUGCGUGGGUUUGGAGUGUGGGUUCCAGGCUCACUGUGUGACCCUAGGCAGACUCUUAACCUCUCCGAAUCACAGUUGCACCCCUCGGUGAUCAAAGUAUUUUUGAAAGGGUCCUCAAGCUCAUGGCCAAGUGACUGGCGUAUAGGAAAUGUUCAAUAAACGACAGCCGCUAAGACCGCUA